AUGUACAGAACCACUAGAUCCCCAAUGAUGCAACCCCUGGUCAACUCGGGAAUGGGCGUGGCUCCUUUCUUCAAGGUAACACACCUUAGAUGAGACACAUACAGGAGCACACACCUUUGCAUAAGUGGGAUGGGCACUGUCCCUCUCUUUUCUCAUCUUCCCUCUCUCCCCCUCCCCUAUCUCGCUCUCUGUAGGUGACUGUGUUCGAGCAGGAGCACUUCCAGGGCAAGUGCCAGGAGUUCACCUCUGAGUGCUGCAACAUCCACGAAUGUGGUCUGGACAUUAUCCGCUCCAUCAGAGUGGAGAGUGGAGCGUGAGUUUCACACUGUGUGUUUACUCCAUCUGUUUAGUGUGUAUGUUUAUUUAUAGAAAGAGGAAUCCAGGUGUGUAAUCUGUCUGUCUGUGUGUGUGGACGAGUGAAUUAUUUUGUUUAUAGUGGCUGGUUCAAUGUGGGUGUAUAAGACGGUAGUGCAAUGUGAAACUAUCUCUCUCUCCCCCGUAGCUGGGUGGGCUUUGAGCACCAUGACUUCCAGGGCCAGCAGUUUAUCCUGGAGAGGGGAGAGUACCCCCACUGGGACGCAUACAGCGGCUCCCUGUCCUACCAUGUGGAGCGCCUCAUGUCCCUGCGUCCCAUCUACUGUGCUGUGAGUACCACAGUGUGUGAGAUAGAGAGAGAAGAUGACAAAGAGAAAGAUAAUCAAUGCAGUUUUUUUUAUGUCUGCCAAACGGAAACAUUCUAUUAGGGCCUUCCUUGAGAAAACCCCUAAUUCUUGGAAUAUGAUCAUAUUUAUGCGUGUGUAUGUGUAACCUUCCUCUCUCUCCCUCAGUCCCACAUGAGCAGUCGUAUGAUGAUCUUUGAGAGAGAGAACUUCAUGGGCCGCAGUGUUGAGCUGUGUGACGACUACCCCUCCCUGCAGGCCAUGGGCUGGUCCAUGCCCGAGGUCGGCUCCAUGCACGUGCAGUGUGGCGCGUAAGUUAACCUCUAUUAUUCACUACAAACACACAUGCUACGUGUUAGCAAACAGCUGUGGAAGCUGUGGUUUAAUACUUUGCAGACCUCAGAUACACCAAACCUCAGUGAAUAUCCCCUAUCUCUAUCCCCCAGCUUUGUGUGCUACCAGUACCCCGGCUACAGGGGUCAGCAGUACAUCAUGGAGUGUGAAAGACACAGUGGAGACUACCAGCACUGGAAGAACUGGGGCUCCCACUGCCAGACCCCCCAGAUCCAGUCUAUCCGCCGUAUCCAGCAUUAA